UGUCUCCUUUUCUGAGAAGAGCAAGAGAUACAACCAGCCCUUAAAAUAAACCCUGCGCCACAGUGUUGAAGAAACGACAGCACAGAGCCUGGGCUAAGACCUUCUGCUUUAUCACUCAACACCAAGGAUAUAAAUUAAUGUAUUUUGAAAGACUUUAGCGACUGAAAAACGAGUGGAAGAUCUCUUAUACUAUUGGGAGGGGAGGGUGUUGGGAACUGCACAUGCAGUUUAUAUAUAGCUGAGUGUAACUGGUUCCCAGCACCGCCCUAUCGAGUUACAUCUUCAGUCAGCCCCCAAACUGCAAUAGUUCUGUCUCUCUAGCCCUCCGUUCCUCCCUCUUCUGCUGAAUACAGUAACAGCUCUGGGGGGAAAAGAUAGCCAGGAUCUUCACUUUGGGGAUUAAAAUAUUCACCGACAACUUGCUGUUAAACUUGUGUGCUUAGACUAGAAGAAAAAGGAGGAUUACAAGCUUUGAUUACAGGACUUCAUUGCUCUUUCGUUGUGUUGGGUUUGAUCAUGGAUAUAAACUUGGUGGCUUUAGAGGCAAAACAGGCGGGGAAGAAGGCCAAUGGGCCAAAACGCCCCGUGAAGCCGACCAAACCUGCCAAAAAGACUAAAAAAGCUGUUGUUUUCUUUGAGGUGGAGAUCUUGUGCGCCAAGACCAAGGACAAGCUAUGCUUCCUGGACAAGGUGGAUCCCAAUGCUACUAUCGGGGAGAUAAAGGCAAUGUUUCACAAGUCCCAUCCACAGUGGUAUCCGGCUCGGCAGUCCAUCAGACUCGAUCCCAAGGGCAAGUCCCUGAAGGAUGAAGAUAUCUUGCAGAACCUGCCUGUGGGUACCACUGCUACCCUGUACUUCAGGGACCUGGGGGCUCAGAUCAGCUGGGUCACGGUGUUCCUGACGGAGUAUGGGGGUCCCCUCCUGCUCUAUCUGAUGUUCUACUUCAGAGUUCCCUUCAUCUACAACACAAAGUACGACUUCACAACCAGCAAGCACUGGGUUGUACACCUUGCCUGCAUGUGUCACAGCUUCCACUAUGUGAAGAGGCUGCUGGAGACGCUGUUUGUGCACCGAUUCUCUCAUGGCACCAUGCCUCUGAGAAACAUAUUCAAGAACUGUACAUACUAUUGGGGGUUUUCAGCAUGGAUGGCGUACUAUAUCAAUCACCCACUCUACACACCACCAGCUUACGGAGAGCAGCAAGUGCAGUUGGCUCUCAUCAUCUUCCUGUUCUGCCAGAUUGGAAACUUCUCGAUUCACAUCGCACUGAGAAAUCUUCGGCCACCAGGCUCCAAGACCAGAAAGAUUCCUUACCCCACCAAGAAUCCCUUCACAUGGCUCUUCUUACUGGUGUCCUGCCCUAAUUAUACUUAUGAGGUGGGCUCCUGGGUGGGCUUCACGGUGAUGACGCAGUGCCUGCCCGUGGCGUUCUUCACCCUGGUGGGCUUCAUUCAGAUGAUGAUCUGGGCCAAGGGGAAGCACCGCAGCUACCUGAAGGAGUUCCGAGACUACCCUCGCCUUCGCUCCCCCAUCCUGCCCUUCAUGCUGUGAGCAGAGACUGCGGGAGUGCAAUUCAUUAAUAAGAAUCACGAGGAUAACCAUUAUAAUGCAACUCGGACGCUUUCAAAGGAUUUUGUCGUGCCCCUGGUACACAUGCUUACAUACCUGUCGCACUCAAUAGAACGCUGUUCCACCCUUGAUACAAUUAAUGAUUGCAGCUUUACAGUUCAGUACAGUGAAAAUACCCUGCUCUGUAAUUAAGAGAUAAUCAUAGAUGUCUAAUACUAUAGCCUUACAAGCUCAUUUUAAUGUAAAACAGAUAAUUGGUGAGAUAUUAGGAGAUGGUAUUGUGCAAAUAACUAACUUUAUGGUAAUCAUCCACCCUCCAGACAUGACAUCAAUAUGGCACGUGAUCACCAGUAAGCGGGAUUGAUUGUACACACUGCCGAUGAGGGGGGUGUGCUUUUCUGCACAUCCUUAAUAGACAAUCUCUCAAUACCCAUUCAGUGGAGUUGUGUACUUGGGUCUUUUCCCCCCACAUCGCUUAAUAGUAGCAUCUUCUGUACCAUUUAAAAAGUGUGUUAUAGCCUGGAAUCUUAUACAAUACAUCAGGCUGUAUUCAGGCAAAAAGAAAACUACACUGUUGCAAACACCUGAAAUCAUGACUGAUUACAAAUACACACAUUAUAUUGCAAUACCAAUAUUACUUCCUGUCAUUGGUGUCUUCUAAAGCUGAACCUUGCAGACUCAUACUACACUUUGCUUUUAAACCUGCUGCUGACUCACGGAAUUACUGACAAAAUCCAAUGAGAUUCAGUGGGUAGGAGUACUUGACCAGAUAACGUAGUUCUGUCCUGUGCUACUACAGCACAUUACACACUGCUCCAGUCUAAUGUAUUGUAAUAUGGCACACUGAGAAACAGUCAAAUGGCACCUGGAAGGUUGAGGAGCUGAGAGGGGCACAGCACUGACUGUAAUUCUGCUCUGUGUGUCUGUGUUUGAAAUCAUGGCAACCUUUUUCCGUUUUCCAUCUUGUCAGGUCAAACCUGCACAGGUUACACUGAGUCCACAACGCAGGUAUUCGUAUAUAUUCUGUCUUAAUUUUUCCCACCAGUAAAUCCGAUCAUGUAACGUAGCUGUCACUGGAUGGCAGUCUGGCUCCCUCUAGUUUUGGGGAAUGGUGCUAUAUGAGUUAGCCUUCAUUAGCUGGCAAAUCAGCGGAUAUAACCAGCAGUGAACAAGAUAUUGAUCCACAGAUUUGCAUUAGCCAAAACAUUUAUCUGUUAUUUGAAUUGAAUUUUCCCUUAGAAUCAAUACAUGAUAGUAAUAAGUAACCAGGUAUCAGAUUCCUGAUGUUUGCUAUUCAAAGUCAGUUUUCUGAGCCGUUAAUAGAUUUACCUCAAAUGAAUCAUUGGAGUGCAAUUGUUUGACAUCGUGCUUUCAGAAGUAUAGGCUGCAGAAAAAAAAAAGUGAACAGGCCACCGGUAUCUGUAAGAGUUUAUAGCAUUUGAUUUAACUGUAUGAAACAUCUUAAAGUGCUGUAUUUUAAGACUAGUUUUAAAAUCUUUUUUAAUUGCUUUAUCAUUCUACUAUCCCUGUUCUGAGUGUCACCAGGUGAACAGUUCUGUCACUCUCACUGUUGGCAUUCAUGCCUGUGUUCUGUGCAGCUGUCACUUGCUUGGAGGAUCGAUACUGUUUUAACAGGACAGGCAUUCCUAUCAGUUGGUAAACAUGUAUAAAGUGUUUGGAAUAAGAAUGGGAAUUCAGCACAAGACACCGAUAUGGAGUUAUCUUAGGGCACUUCACAAUGGGAAAAUCUAAACAGAGCAAAUGUCAUCCAAUGCAUAUUUCUUUUAUAUUAUAUUUAUUGCAUGGAUGUAUAUCUUCCCAAUUCAGUGUGAUUUAUUUUUUAAUGCAAUUACCCACUUUUUUUUUUUUUUUUUUUUUUUUUUUUUUUAAUUAUUGAAAUCUAUGUAACUGCUCAGAUUAAUUUAAAAAGCCAUUCAUUGUACUGUAGGAAUGAAAUCUGUUUUGUAAAUCAGGGGUGAUCUGGGCAUGUAUUGACAGGUCACAACGUUGAGAUAUUUCAGAGAACAAAUGAAGGUUUUGCUCUCUUGCAUAAAUCAGUCAUGUACUGAAAUGCAUCAUAAUUAAUUAUAUAUAUUUCAAAUACUCUCAAAUGUAAAAAUCAUGGAAAAAUGGUCAGGAAUAUGUGGAUUAUUCAAGUGGCAAAUCUAAAUGUAGACACUACUAAUAUCAUUUUAAAAAGGUCAUUAAUGAGCCAAUGCUAUGAAAAUCUAAUUGUAACAGCUUGUUUCUGUCUAAAAAUGUCAACUGCAAGGGUGCACUCUUUUUUUAAAUGAUUUAAGUAAACACAAGGAUUUAGAUCCACCACAGUUUAGUAACUAUAAUGAACAUAUAACCAAACCCAGUAUAUAUUUCAUUUCCAUCAGGGUGAACAGUGUCAUGUGUAAUACAGUGCGGCAAACUGAACAGUAACAGCUUCAUCAUGUGGGGUUCCCUGCAGUGCUUAACAAGCUCCUUGUCUUAAAUUUGGAAAUAAAAUGUUAAAAAAAAAAGUGCACUACUGGAAUUAACAAUCCUGUAAGAGUCGUGUCCUGCUGAAGAUACAAAUCAUGAUGCUGAAGAAUUUUGUAGCCUGUAUUAGUAACACUUAAUGGACUAAUCAAUGUAGGUAACUAUUUCUGAUUAUUAGUUUUUUUUUCUGUUAAUCAGUAGUUUUAGUUUUUCCUUGUUUACGAAUGACAUUGUUUACAAUGAGUAUGAAGAUUAAACUGAUUAACAGCU